AUGUUUAGACAGUCCAAGAGAAGGGUGGCUAACAGAAGGAACUUCGGCGACCAAGUAAGCCGAACACCUGGCAAAUUCAUCCUAAAUGGAAUUACAUCAGAGGAGGAAAAACAGCUUUAUCAGUCCUUGUACGAAUCCAAAUUAUCCUUCUAUGAAGUCCCCCCAAAAGGCGAGAUUACGCUUGAACAGUUCGAGCUUUGGGCCAUUGACCGCCUUAAGGUUCUUUUAGAAAUCGAAUCCUGCGUUCAGAGGAACAAAACCGCCAAAGAGAUCGAAAUCAUCGUCAAGCCCUUGCUCCAGAAGCUGUUGCCGUUCACCACCGAGGACCUGCAGGACCGGAAAAAAGACUAUUAUUCUCAUUUUAUUCUGCGGUUGUGCUUCUGCCGAUCAAAAGAGCUACGAGAGAAGUUCAUUAGGUCGGAAACCAUGCUCUUGAAACUCAGAUUUAACAUGAUGACCUCGCGUGAUCAGGCAAAGUUCGUGCAGACACUUAACCUGCCCUUCCUGCAAUUUAUUUCCGAUGAGGAGAAAGAGCAGCUUUCCACUCAGCUCUACCAAACUAUCUCGAGUUCUCUCCAGUUCCAGCUCAACCUUACUGAUGAAACAGCGCGGAGACAGUAUUUCGAGCAAGAAAAGUUCAUUAAGCUCCCCUUUGAAUCUGUGAUUGAACUUGUGGGCGCGAGGCAGGUUUUCAUAAAAAAAGGCUACGCCUACCUCCCUCAAUUCCAGCAGUUGAACCACAUUGCUAAUGAGUUCGCCAAUAUGUUGUCUCUGGCGUUGACCAAAACUUACCAGACCAUUCCUCGGUUGAAUGAGGACGACCGCCUCCUCCCUAUACUGCAUCAUUUAUCAACCGGAUAUACUAUUACAAACUUCCAACAGCACGACCAGUUUGGGCAGGCAUCUCAAGGUGAAAUAAACGCCAAAAGCGUAUACUCAAGCGCCAUUCAGGAGAACUUUCCUCUUUGUGCUAAAAACCUCAUGAGCGGCCUGAAAGAAAACCACCACUUAAGGUACCAGGGCCGUCAGCAGCUUUCGUUUUUCUUAAAAGGAAUUGGCAUGGACGUCGAUGAGGCUUUACAGUUCUGGUCAGAUGCAUUCACAAGCGGCGGCCAGAUGACACAGGAAAAGUUUAACAAAGAGUAUCGAUACAACUUCCGUCACAACUAUGGCCUAGAAGGUAAUAGGAUCAAUUACAAGCCGUGGGACUGCCGGACCAUCCUGUCCCGGCCCCGCCCGUCAAGGGGCGAGUACCAUGGCUGCCCCUACCGUGACUGGAAUGUGGACAAGCUAACUCUGGAGCUCUCGCAGGGCAUGAGCCUCAACCCCUCUCAGGUAACAAGCGUUCUCGACAGCGUCCAGCGCACGGAGUACACCAUCGCCUGUACGAAAGUAUUUGAGAUGACCCACGGAGGAUCCGCAAAUACUGAAAUUAAUGACCAGAGCCACAUCGCACACCCCAACCUGUAUUACGAGAGGUCGCGGCAGCUGCAAAAGAAAGCGGGCGCUGCAAUUAAAUAA